AUGGCGAAAGAGAAUAUAUCAACAUGUCUGACGAUGGGCGGCGGUGAGGCUCAAGGAGUGAAGUCAAACCGAAGCUACCCAAAAUGGACAUCACCUCUCGAGACCUCGGGAUUCCUACGAAGAAAUGCUGAUGACGCUCCAAAUGAUGGAUGCUGCAUCUCAUCGUUGCAGCUCCUUGCACGUCACUUCCACGUUAUAUCGCUCUUUAUCGUUUCUUCCGAUAAUUACCUGCACACUGAGCGGCAAAAAACCAGCUCCCCACCCCCCUCCAGCAACCGACAAUGUCAGGUCGCUUUCAGGUAUCUCGACUGCAGACAACUAAAAUCACAUAUCAGGGGAUAUGCGGAAUCCCAAUUCCAGACCUCUAUGGGGGAUAUGAUUACAAUUUUAGAUUCCAGGAAGAGAGCCCCAGUUCGAUAUGCAACCGAACAUCUCCUGCCUUUCGUCCGUUAUUUUGGGAUUCAGUCGUGCCAAUUUGUCGAUCUGCCGGAGAGUGCGAUUGGCGAGCAGAGCAGGCUGCCAAAGAUUAUGUUAAUGACAUACUGCAUCCCGUAUUUCCAAUCCCUUCAGCAACGAGCUGCGAGUGCUGCGGGCGUGUAA